AUGACCUCCUCGCGACGAACCAUCCUGGUCACUGGUUGUUCAGGCGGUAGUCUGGGCUCCGCUCUUGGGGUCAGUUUCCACAAGGCCAAGUCGCGUCCAACACCCUGUCCGACGAGUCCAUCGUCCACUGCGUGCACGUCCCGCGCCCAGAAGCUCGCAAGCGAUGGCGGAAAUAGUAAUGGUUGUGGUGGAUCCCUCGACGUUCUUCUGAAUAACGCCGGUGCGGAAUACUCCAUGCUGCUGAUGGAUAUGGAUAUUGCCAAGUCGCGCGAGCUGUUCGACCUGAACGUGUGGUUGCUGAUUAGCGUGACCCGGGCGUUUCUGCCGCUCCUGGAGCUGAUCCAACCGCACGGUAUGGCAGUGAAUAACACGGCCUGUACGUCGCUGACGGCCGGCACGAUGCCCUUCUCUGGGGCGUAUAACGCCUCCAAGGUCGCAGCGGCAAGUCUGACCGAAGACUUGCGAUUGGAGCUCCAACCGUUCAGGAUCAAGAUGAUUGACAUGAUCGGGUGCAUAACAAUGCCUCCGCCGCCACGCUACCGCCGACCUCGCUGUACAGCGAGGCUAAAGAGAGGGUGGAGGGUACCAUAUCCGGCGCGAAUGACAGCACCGAUCCGGAAUAGUGGGCAGACCAGGUCGUUCAGGAUAUCAGCAAACACAACUCAUCCCAUUGUUGGAUCCUUGGACGGCUCAAUGAAGAGCAUGGUGGGAUUGGAUGUGGUAGGGCAGAAGAUCAAAGAACUGGAAGUGCCAAGGAAGGCCAAGCAUUUGUAA